UACAUAUAAAAGAAAAAGAAAAGGCUGCCGAUAAGAGAGAUAGAAAGUCGAAGAAGAAGAAAAGAAAAGAAGAAUGUUGAGGCUAUUCAUGCCUAUGACCCCGGCCACGGCCACCGCCAACGCCACCACUUCCUCCAUUAUUGCUUUCUCAUCUACGUCUCCUUCUUCCUCUGAUUUUUUUACCAAAUCCUCCAGACCCUUUCACUCUCUUUGCCCUAAUUUCAUUUUCUCUUUCUCAUCUUACUCAUCUAUUCCACCCAGGAAGAAGCCGCCCCAUAUCUCCCCGAGGACGGUAUCUCCCUCUCUCUCUCUCUCCGAUAUACAACCAUGGGCUCUCUUUUUCUGUACUGGUAUAGUGGCUACGCAGACAUGCUAGAAGAGAUAUAGAUUCACAAGAUAUGACAUAUGAAGAGAAGAAUGAUGUGCGCAUGUUCGGUUCUGAUGAAGAAGUCGGCAGUCAAAUCCCAACCCAAGCGCAAUCAGUUGUUGAAGGAUCAGGAGCUGUUUUAGUAUCAGAAUUUAAACCUGCUCCUGAUGUCGAUUAUCUACAGGAAUUAUUAGCCAUUCAGCAGCAAGGACCUAGAGCUAUUGGAUUUUUUGGAACACGGAAUAUGGGAUUCAUGCACCAAGAACUUAUUGAGAUUCUUAGCUAUGCAAUGGUUAUAACUAAGAAUCACAUAUAUACAUCAGGAGCAUCUGGCACUAAUGCAGCUGUUAUAAGGGGUGCUUUAAGAGCAGAAAAACCAGAGCUACUAACAGUAAUAUUGCCUCAGAGCUUGAAAAAGCAACCGCCUGAGAGCCAGGAAUUGUUGUCCAAAGUGAAGAAUGUGAUAGAGAAGCCUUACAAUGAUCAUUUGCCCUUGAUUGAAGCGAGCAGACUAUGCAAUAUGGACAUCAUUUCACAAGUACAGCAAGUGAUUUGCUUUGCCUUUCAUGAUAGUCGACUGCUCAUGGAAACUUGUCAAGAGGCGAAGAAUCUGCGAAAAAUUGUGACUUUAUUCUACCUAGAUUAACUCCAUAAAUUCUUUCAUGUGCAUACAUUAGAGGGAGCUACUUAUUUUUGUCUGUAAAUUAGAUGGGGCGAGGACAAAUUGCCUGGCUUUCUUGUUUUUUGUAGAUUUGAUUAUUAUAUUGGCAAGGAAGGGGGCCAAUUGCUCCACAGUACUCCUUUGGUAAGGAGAUUUGAUUGA